CAAAAGUCUUGGAGUUCUCGAAAUGCCAUGGCUCUCCUCAAUGAUACUCUGCUCAAGCUACAACAUCAUUUCGGAUGGAAUGAGCAGUCUCUGUUGCUGCACAGAGGUAGGUCGUGCUAUUUGAGACGGCCAUGAGUGAUGCCUCCACAGGUGUUGUGCACCCUCUCAUCGCGCCAGUACUACCAACUCUAGCUCUGGCCUCUCAGUCAUGACACUUUAUGAGCGAAAGACGAUCGCCCAGAUCCAAGUCUGUGGAAGAGAGCAACAGAUGCCAAUGCCAAUGCUAACAGUUCUCAAUCACAUUACUUGACUACCAUCAACCCGCCGAGCACAACACCUUCCACAAUCCCGGCUAGUGUUAUCUCAACAUAUUGUGCGGCAUUUUCUUCGAGCUCUACUAGCACCAGGCUGAGCGCUGACUUCCCGAAAGGGAAAUCGAUUCGACUGCCGCGCCUAUCGCAAGGCUAGACGCAUGUGCCGCGGGGCGAUGGACGAAGGAAGAAGAGCGUCCCACGGAUCUAUGUUGAGCAUAUAAGAAUACCUCAAGCAUGUGGUCAUUAUUGCAAAGGGUUGCUCUCGCUCAUUCGACUUUCAUCCACACCCAGGUUCCGAAGAACAGGCAAACUCAGAAUGAGACAUCUCCUUCCAGCCCUCCUGCUUUCGCAGCUUGCUUCUACAGUAUGUGCUUUUCCCGGCCUUACUGAACGUUCCGCUUGCGCACCGACACCGACCCCGGGGGCUCUGAACGUCACCAACGCAACGCUCUACUACGAGACCGACUCCUGUGGUCAAGGCCCAUUGGUCCUUUUCAUCUCGGGUGCCAAUGGCGAUGCAUUCAUCUGGGAACCCAUGGCGUCCUACCUCGCUCAGAAUUACACCGUGGCCCUUUACGACCGCCGUGGCUUUUCUCGCAGCAAUAUAACCGGCACGCAAGACUAUGCGCAUCGUCUCGCAACCGACGCCGACGACGCCGCCGCGCUCAUCAAACAUCUCGCAAAAAGCGGGCCCGCUUAUGCUCUCGGCACAAGUUCCGGGGCCGCCGUCGCUCUCGAGCUCCUCCUCCGCCAUUCAGACAUACUCACGGGCCUGGUCUCGCACGAAGUGCCAGCGCUCAGAAUCCUUCCUGAUGCCGCGAAUUUGACCGCCGGCCAGCUGGAUAUUUACAAUACCUACGUCAAGUAUGGCACAUAUGAUGCGCUAUUGGAAUUCGCGGUAUUUUAUGCGGCGGGGGCCAGCACGUCGAAAGUCCUAGGUGGGUUGGGCAGCCAAACUGCAUACAGCAAGGGGAACGUGAACUACUGGUUCGAUCGGGAGGUCGUGCCGUAUCCGCUGCACAAUUGGAGCAUUCCGGCUAUUGGACAGCACAAGAAUAAAUUGUUGCUUGCCAAUGGGAACGCUUCGAACGCUGCGGGCAUGGAGGUUCGUUCGAACAAGGUCAUUGGGCAAGCGAUUGGAUUGCCGGUCAACCUCCUUCCGGGGGAUCACGUUGGGUACACUGAAUAUCCUGCGGCCUUUGCGUCCGCAUUGUCGGCAUUGUUGCAGACCAAGUCUUGAGUUGUGAUCGGGUCAUGAAUGAGCCCCGAAGCUGGACGAGGAAACGGUAAUUAGUUACGACAGGUCGAUGAUGCUGAACGGUAUAAUGUAUAUAGCCCAGAGGGGUCGAUAGUGUAUGUAGUGGUGUAAGUCACCCAGAUUGUGGACCAGCCUGCAUUGUGCUUAC